AUGCUCAGGUUUCUCCGCGCCGCGAUGACUUCCUCCCCGAAACGAGUUCCCAUCCCCGCCAACGGGGUCGACUACCGUGGCAAGGUUGUGCUUGCACCGAUGGUGCGGUCCGGAGAACUGCCAUCCCGUCUCCUCGCUCUUCAUUAUGGGGCAGACAUUGUCUGGGGUCCAGAAACGAUCGAUAAAGCGAUGAUCGGUACCUCGCGGCGUGUGAACCCCCGCAAUGGCACUAUCGAAUUCACCCGGAUGCCGUCGAACAGCAUCAAAAAGGAAAGCCCUCAAGAAUCUAUUAUAUACCGUAUUGAUCCAAUACGGGAGAAAGGAAAGCUUGUAUUCCAGAUGGGGACAGCCUCGCCAGAACUGGCUGUCCAGGCAGGCAAGUUGGUCGCAGCCGAUGUGAACGGUAUCGAUGUCAACUCGGGAUGCCCAAAGCCGUUCAGUACGAUGGGCGGGAUGGGCGCUGCAUUGCUACGUACUCCGGACAAACUUGUGUCUAUCCUUGAAGCGCUGGUCAAGGAAGUUGGCGAGCCAUAUCAGAUCGGCAUUUCUGUCAAGAUUCGUCUUCUCGAGACACCUGAACUUACAGAAAACUUGGUGUCGAGGCUAGUACGAACGGGUAUCCAUGGCCUCACUAUUCAUUGCCGAACAACACCAAUGCGCCCCCGCGAGCGCGCAAUCCGGGACCAACUCCGUAUGAUCGUCGAAACGUGCCACAACGCCGGCGUCUCCUGCGUCAUAAACGGAGAUGUUACCUCUCGCGAUGGUGGGCUCGCCCUGAUGCAAGAAUAUGGCGCAGACGGCGCCAUGAUCGCCACAGCUGCAGAGGCCAACUCCUCCUGUUUCCGGUCCGAAGCAGAUGGUGGGCUCGCCCACUGGCGCGAGGUAGCUCACGCCUAUGUCAAGUUCGGAAUGGAGUGCGAAAACCGCUUCGGCAACACCAAAUACCUCAUGAACAUCAUUGUCCCUGGAAAAGACAAAGAAUUCAAGGACAUCGCCCGAUCCAAACAAGCAAAAUGCUACUAUGAUUUCUGCCACAUCUUGGGCUUCGAAGACCUCAUGCCCGCUGCUUUGAAGGUUGACGAGACCCUCAAUCUUACCGACAAGUCGAUCAUCAAGGCCGGUAACGAACCCACCCGCAGCAAAGCUGUUGAAAAUGCCAAGUCCAACAACAACGCUGCCAGGGCCGCGGGCGGAGCUCCCAGGUCCAAGCCCGCCUCCCCUGCCACUGCUGGCGGGAUUGGACCUGUUCGAACAAACUCCAUUCCUAAGCCCACGAAAGCCGAAGAGAAGCCAGCAGAGGUGGACGCAUCCACUAUCCCGGCUCCUCAGAGCCAGGGCCUGGCUGUCUAA